UAACUACUUUUCAGUCAGGCAUCGCCCGGGCAGCUAACGCCACCGGUGAGUGGGGUCCUUUUGUCGCCGGGCUGAGGAGGAUUAGCUGCUAACAUGCCGACAGUCGGAGUGAAACGGGACCUUCUCUUCAAAGCUUUGGGCAGAACGUACACCGAUGAGGAGUUUGACGAGCUCUGCUUUGAAUUUGGACUGGAGCUGGAUGAAAUUACCUCAGAGAAGGAGAUAAUCAGCCGAGAGCAGGGAGACUCCAAGGCGUCAGGAGCCUCUGACAUCAUCCUGUACAAGAUCGACGUCCCGGCGAACCGCUAUGACCUGCUGUGUCUGGAGGGGCUGGUCCGUGGACUGCAGGUCUUCAAGAAUAAGGUGGAGGCACCUCGCUACAGACGUGUCAGCCCAGUCAGUGGGGCGCCUCAGAAGCUGAUCAUCACCAAGGAGACGGCGGCAGUGCGACCCCAUGCUGUGGCAGCAGUGUUGAGGAACAUCACUUUCACGCAGGAACGCUACGACAGCUUCAUCGAGCUGCAGGAGAAACUCCACCAAAACAUCUGCAGGAAGAGGAGCCUGGUGGCGAUCGGGACUCACGACCUGGACACCAUCUCUGGUCCUUUCACAUACACAGCGAAACCCCCGGGAGACAUCUGCUUCAAACCUCUCAACCAGACCAAAGAGUACACGGCCACUCAGCUCAUGAGCCUCUACAAGACGGACAGCCACCUGAGGCAUUACCUUCACAUUAUUGAAGACAAGCCUGUUUACCCCGUCAUCUAUGACAGCAACGGCGUCGUCCUCUCCAUGCCUCCCAUCAUCAACGGGGAACAUUCAAAAAUCUCCUUAAAGACAAAGAACGUCUUUGUUGAGUGCACGGCCACAGAUGUGACCAAGGCAAAGAUUGUCUUGGACAUGAUGGUGACCAUGUUCAGCGUGUAUUGUUCGCAGCCUUUCACGGUGGAGGAGGCUGAGGUGGUGUAUCCAGAUGGCAAUACCUGCGUAUACCCAGAGCUGGCUUACCGGACAGAGAAGCUGUCCAGUGAGUUCGUCAACCGCAAAGUUGGCAUCACCGAGUCAACUGAAAAGAUCGCCCAGCUGCUGACCAAGAUGUGCCUCCGCUCCCAGGUCACAGGUGUUGGCGAUGAGAUCGAGGUUGAGAUCCCACCCACACGCUCUGACGUCAUCCACGCCUGUGACAUCAUGGAAGACGCCGCCAUCGCCUACGGUUUCAACAACAUCACCCGCACCACACCGCGCACCUACACCAUAGCCAACCAGUUCCCACUGAAUAAACUGACAGAGCUGUUGAGACAAGACCUGGCAGCUGCUGGUUUCACAGAGGCUCUAAACUUUGCCCUGUGUUCCGAAGAAGAUAUCGCUGAUAAACUUGGGAAAAAGAUCUCAGAAACCAAGGCUGUUCACAUCUCCAACCCCAAGACAGCAGAGUUCCAGGUGGCGCGCACCACCUUGUUGCCAGGUCUCCUGAAAACCAUAGCUGCCAACAGGAAGAUGCCUCUUCCCCUCAAACUCUUUGAGAUCUCUGAUGUGGUGCUGAAGGAUGACACCAAAGAUGUGGGGACGAGAAACAGCCGGCGUUUCUGUGCCGUCUACUACAACAAGAGCCCGGGCUUCGAGGUGAUCCACGGCCUGCUCGACCGAACCAUGCAACUGCUGGAGGUGAAGCCUGGCCGCGGAGAGGGCUACCACAUCCAGGCUGCAGACGAUUCCACCUUUUUCCCUGGUCGCUGUGCAGAGAUAUUUGUCCGUGGGAAGAGCGUUGGCCGUCUCGGAGUCCUCCACCCAGAUGUCAUCAACCGCUUCGAGCUGACUAUGCCCUGCUCUGCCCUGGAGAUGGAUAUCGAGCCCUUCCUUGGCCACACUGCGGAAACCCUCCUCACACACGACGUCCCCAUGCAGGAAGUCAUCACGCACGCGUUCCCCACGCAAAAUGAAUCCCGACAGGCCCCGGCCUCCGGCCCGACUUCUACAAGAACUGUGUUUGGUGACGUGAGCACGCCAGCCGGUCUUAAAGCUCUCAAUGAUUUUCUAGCGGACAAAAGCUACAUGGAGGGAUUCACUGCAUCUCAAGCUGACGUGUUGAUGUUCAACAUCAUCCCUUCUGCUCCGUCCCUGACCUUCUGCCACCUCCUGCGCUGGUACAAGCACAUCCAGUCCUUCCAGAGGGAAAAAGCCAUCCUCCCAUCGGCCAAGUGUCAGUUUGUCCUCCCAGCUUCUGUCCUCCCCGACGCGACAAACGCCACCAGCGACGAUGACGAUGACAUUGACCUAUUUGGCUCGGACGACGAGGCAGAGACCGCAGAGGCGGCUAGAGUCAAGGAGCAGCGCCUCGCCGAGUACGCUGCCAAGAAGUCCAAGAAGCCCGCUCUCGUCGCCAAGUCCUCCAUCCUGCUCGACGUCAAGCCCUGGGACGACGAGACGGACAUGGCCAAGAUGGAGGAGUGCGUCCGCAGCGUCAGCAUGGACGGGUUGCUGUGGGGGCAGUCUAAGCUGGUCCCGGUGGGAUACGGCAUCAAGAAGCUCCAGAUAGGAUGCGUGGUGGAGGACGACAAAGUGGGCACGGACCUGCUGGAGGAAGCCAUCACCACUUUUGAGGACUUUGUUCAGUCUGUGGAUGUGGCUGCUUUCAACAAGAUCUGAGUCGUACAGACGGAACAAAUCUCACAGAGUGGUACUAUCUGAUGUUUCCUGGUCAUGGCUUUAGCUAUUCAAACGUCCAUAUAAAAACACAAUAACCAAAGCUCAGGUCCUUCACUUAAAAAGACUUAUCCCUCGAUACCUACGAUUCUUGCCUUCAAACAUCAAAUAAAACCAUUCUAGCGAUA